AUGCACCGGGCAACGCUGCACCACCCCGUUCAGCACGGCAUCGUGGAGGACUGGCCCAAAAUGGAGCAGAUCAUUCACCACACCUUCGCGGAGUUUGACUUGGACCCGGCGGAAACGUCGCUUGUCUGCACGGAGCCGCUAUUCACCCCCAAACAGAACUCCGAGCAGAUGGCCGAGGUGUUGUUUGAGGCCUUUGGUGUACCUUCACUUGCGCUUGUCUCCUCGGGCAUGUGUGCCCUGUACUCCAGCGGGCGUACAACAGGCGUCGUUCUGGACUCGGGCGCUGGGGUGACGCAGGUGACACCGGUGUACGACUCGUACAUCAUACGUAAUGCGGCAAGUCGCUUUAACCACGGCGGUCGCGAAGUAACGGAGCACCUACGCACCCUGCUCUUUGAGCGUGGGCUGAACUUUGCUUCGCCGCAGGACUGGCUAUCGGUGAGGCGUAUCAAGGAAACCCUUUGCUACGUCUCCUCCUUGUACGAAAAGGAACUUCAAGAAGGGGAGGAAGAGUUGCACCUAUUUUCCCUGCCAGAUGGACAGGAGGUUUGCGUAGGAAAAGAGGCUUUUCGGGCGCCAGAAAUUCUUUUUUCUCCAUGGAUCACAAUGUCGGAGCUGCCCUCCAUGUCUGAAUUUGUCGUGACUGCCGUGAAGGGUUGCGGCAUUGACAUUCGCAAGGAUUUGCUCUCCAGCAUCAUUCUCAGUGGCGGGAAUACCAUGUUCAAGGGGUUUUCCUCACGGCUGGCGGGCGAGGUAUUGAAGGAGUUCCCCGGCCUCUUUGGGAGCGCCAAGGUGAUCGCUGCCGCCGAUCGCCAGUACAGUGCAUGGUCGGGCGCAAGCGUCUUGGCGGGGCUUGCAUCCUUUGCAGACCACCUGUUGACGCGGGACACCUUUGAGGAGCACGGGCCUAGCAUCGUCCACAACUACAGUCGUAGCGCAACGUUGGGCGUGGAAGGCAGCGAGAACGGAAAUGCUCCUGAGGAAGUGCCGUAA